CACACACACACACACACACACACCGUCUCUCCGUGGUCGCGGCUGUCAGCGCUCUGAAGAUGGUGGCUGCUGCUGCCUCUCUGAUCCCACCACACACUCGUUUCAGCUGCUCCUUCGUGUCAAACAUGGCCAGAUAACCCCGAGAGAAGAUAUUCUCGUCGCAAUGUGGACUCUACAGAGGGAUUCAAAGAAAGGCUCUGAUAUCGUUUUAGUCUCGGGGUAAAGUGGAAUCAUUUAGAGCUGUGUGAAAACACCAUCUCCUGUCUGAUUCAAUUAAAGUGGUUGGAUCGAGGCGGGGCUCUGCUUUUUAACCUGUGGUGCUGAGGUGUGGAAGGGGAGCGGAGGUGGGGACCUUUUUAAUUAGCUCCACUCAGUCUCUGUGGGCUUUCUGUCUUCUUGCGUUCGCAAAGGGUGACCCAGCUUUUACAGGGAAACUUCAGACAAACGGAAAUAGUCCUGCACUCCGCUCAAGGCUACAGUUUUAUUUUCUCCCUGCGCUCCGUAUAUUUGGACUACAUAUAGAGAUUUUUCUUUCUGUCACGGCGGACUGGUGACAUGCGGUGGGAUUAUACAAACGCAGGGGGAAAAAAAGUGCUCCGUGAAUGUCUUUAAGCAGCGUGUUUGGGCAGGAGUCACCCACAGACACGCUUUUGCAAAAUAAUCCAAACAUUCCUAUUGGUCAUUUCCUCCACACGCGCCUGGACCUCUGCAAGAGCAGCUCGCGCAGAAUCCCCUGUGAGUUUGGACACGGAGAAGCGGCGGAGACACGGGAGUGGGAAGGCAGGAAAACACGGGGCUCCGUAUGUAAGAACAUUUGGGAUUAGGCCCUGCAGCAAGAAGCAUGUGGCAUGCAUUCAGAAGCUUUUGGUGUGUAUUUCUAUGCUCACGUCGCCUCAGGUGUGGGAAAAGUCGACCGUCUUUUUGAUCACAACUAGGAAUAUGAGAACCCGUAACUCUGCGGAGGAGUUACUUUGCUUGAACUUUUGCCCCGUCCUGUAAACAAGAUAUGCUAUUUUACAGGAAGUAUUGCUUUACAUAGACAACUUGAGGAAGAGGGGGCUAAAGACUGAAUGUGGACUGAUUAUUUGAGGUACUCAGUGUGUUGUCUACAGAAAGCUCUUCAAAAAACUCUCAAUUAUGCUUUCAUAGUUUUCUGAGCCACUUCCUAUUCCUAAAAUUUACUUUUGGGAUAGAUUUACAGUUUUAUGUAAUAUUUUUCCAAUGACAGGAGCAAUCUCUGGGCUGCUUGGAGUGGAACAGAGCAGGCAGCGAAUGAACCUUGCAGUCUCAAGUGCAUCUAAACAGACGGGAAUGUAGAGGAAUGCAGCGAUUGACGUCAAGAGGGGCAAUAAUGAACUACUCAAAAACUUUCAAUAGUCUGCUGGUAUUGCUGCAACCAGAGCACUGAACUCAUCUUCUUCUACUGUGUCCACAUGCUUUGCCUUACCUCUCUGCCUAGAUAUUUGUCAUGAUUAACUGUGCCUUCUAAUAGUUGUUUUCAUUUUGAAUAGAGCAAUAGACAACAUGGCAUCUCCCCAGCAUCAGAAACUGCUGCCACACAACACAGAAGUGAGCUGUGACUCGAGCGGAGACGGAGGCGUCUCGGUGCGAAUUGGCAGCAGUGUCAAGCACAGGCACGGAGGAGGGCCGCUGGGCUCCAUCGGGGGAGGCUUCAUCGGGGCCACCAAGCACUGCAAGUACAGCAUCUCUUCUAGCUGCAGCUCUGGGGAGUCUGGGGUGAGGAGGCCAGUGGUGAAGAGUUUCCGCGCUCAUAAAGGGAUGCCCCAGCUAUUCGAGAGGUCAGCAGGUCACUUCUGGGACCCAAAGUUUGACUCGUCUAUCCUGGAGGAGGCCUGUAGAGAGCGAUGUUUCCCUCAGACCCGGCGGCGCUUCCGCUAUGUGCUCUUUUAUCUGGUGGCUGCCAGUUUCCUCUGGGGGUUGUAUUUUGCUGCCCAUCCUUCCUGCUGCGACAUAGUUGUUUUUCUCCUCCCUACAGCUUCCUUCCUCAUCUUCUGCCUUCUCCUCUUCCUAAUGACUUUUACCAGGCUUUAUUCCCGCUGCUACAACCAAGCAUCUCUGCUGCUUAUCCUUGUAACCUUCAUAUUGACCCUGGCCCCUCAGAUUCAGACAUUAGGAUUCAGGAACCCAGAUGACAUGUCACCUGAUUUAGAUCAGGAAGAAUUCAGUGGCAUGGGACCCAUAUACAACACAUCCAACGACAAUCUUGUUAGGGGUUCUAAUAAGUUCCCCUGCCUUUCUCCUGUGGGCACUUUCUCUCUCUGUAUUGAGGUUCUGCUAUUGCUGUACAGUGUUCUACAUGUUCGACUUUAUGCAUCUCUCAUGCUUGGGUUGUUGUACUCUGUCUUAUUUGAGACCCUGGGCUGUCUACUCCCAACUCAGGCAGGAGGGAACUGGAGCUGGGCUUUUUCAUCAGAGCUGGAGAUGUUCAGUUGGUUGGGUCCAGCCAAAGCCCUGCUUCAUCUCUGCGCUCAUGCAAUUGGCAUCCAUUUGUUCGUUAUGUCUGAAGUGCGCUCGCGCAGCACCUUUCUUAAAGUUGGACAGGCUAUUAUGCAUGGAAAAGAUCUGGAGGUGGAAAAAGCCCUGAAAGAGAGGAUGAUCCACUCAGUGAUGCCAAGAAUUGUGGCAGAUCAGCUGAUGAAGCAAGGUGACGAAGAGAUUGGCGAUAAUUGUGGCAAACGUUACUCCACCAGUGGUGCAGCUGCAGCCAUUUCCAGCCCAAAGAACAACAAACGCAAGAAAACCUCAAUUCCCCGAGGCCAGAUAAUCUUCAGACCCUUCAACAUGAAACGAAUGGACCCCGUCAGCAUCCUCUUUGCAGAUAUUGUUGGCUUUACCAAAAUGUCUGCCAACAAAUCUGCUCAUGCCCUUGUUGGACUUCUAAAUGACUUGUUUGGACGUUUUGACAGACUUUGUGAGCUCACUGGCUGUGAGAAGAUCAGCACUCUGGGAGACUGUUACUAUUGCGUAGCUGGCUGUCCAGAACCUAGACCAGACCAUGCCUAUUGCUGUGUAGAAAUGGGCCUGGGGAUGAUUCAGGCCAUCGAGCAGUUCUGUCAGGAGAAGAGGGAGAUGGUGAACAUGAGGGUGGGCGUCCACACUGGUACCGUACUGUGCGGUAUCCUGGGGAUGAAACGCUUCAAGUUUGAUGUUUGGUCAAACGAUGUCAAUCUGGCCAAUCUGAUGGAGCAGUUGGGUGUUGCUGGAAAAGUCCACCUUUCACAAGCCACUUUUGACUUUCUGGAUGACCGAUACCAGCAUGAAGAUGGACAGGUCAAUGAGAGGAUCGGACAGAGUGUGGUGGCUGAUCAACUCAAAGGCAUGAGGACCUACCUCAUCUCCGGCAGAAAGGUGGAGGCCCUCUGUAACUGCACCCAGACUGGGCUGUCUGGACCAGGGGAUGCUGAUUCUCAGUGCCAAAUGCCCAGGUUGCACACGCCUGAUGGGGCCUGCACCCUCCCCUUAGACAAAAACAAGUCCCCCUGCCUGUCCUGCAGUGUGACCCUUAUAACAGGAGAGGAUCAGGUUCUUGAAGAAGGAAUUGUACAUAAUGGCUGCCACGAUGACAAAAGCAAUAACAGCAAGGACUCUUCAAAUCUGAAGUGUUCCCCUGCGGUAUCAGUUGGCCGCAGCCCCAAGACGGUGAAUGGCCUGCUCAGUCCUCAGCUUGAGGCCUUGAAUAACAGCCAAACCUCGCUGUGUGAGAUGCUGCAGGAAAAAGAGAAGAAGAGUUGGAGCGGAGGAGCCAUGGGCAUGGACCACUCGGCGCUCAUCCCGCUCCGAUCAAAGAACUUCCGGGAAAGGAGUGAUGCUCACUUUGUGGAUGUUAUCAAGGAGGAUAGUCUUAUGAAGGACUAUUUCUACAAGCCUCCCCUACACAAGCUGAGCCUCACCUUCUUGGAGAGGAGCCUGGAAUCUGCCUACCGGAUAAGCUACCAGGAGGAGGUGGAGAAUCAAGCAGCGGUUCAGAUGUUCGCCAGUCCAACGUUCAGCUCUUUCCUGGACAUGCUGCUGUGCUGUUUAGUUGUUCUGGCGCUCUCUCUUGCUUGUUUCCUCCGACCUCUUGUCACCCAGCAGAGUCCAUCCACUCCGGCGCUAGUUCUGACAGCUGUAGUCGCCCUGCUGGAGGCUCUGGCUCUGCUGUUUGCCAUUCGGAUGGCUUUUUAUCUGGACAGUGUGCUGAGCUGCACUCGGGUGCUGAUGAGGGCCGUCUCUGGCUGGAUAGUUCGCCACUUCAUUGGAGCUGUCCUGGUGUCUCUGCCUGCUCUGACAGUCUACUCCCAUUUCACCUGUGACAUGUAUAAUUCGAUCCAGUUUACCAUGUUCAUCUGCUGUGCCAUCAUCAUAGCUAUUGUUCAGUACUGUAACUUCUGCCAUCUCAGCUACUGGAUGCGCUCUACAAUAGCCACCCUGGUGGGGCUGACAAUGCUCACCUUGCUCUGCUGCUCCCCCUGCAGUGUUAUUGAGAGUUUUUUCCGGUCUCAUGCCCAAAGCAACAUUACAAACGGAUCUGUAAUCUUGUCCGACAACUCAACAAGUUCUGAUCAACAACCCAACUUUGACCCACACAAACGUCUUAUUCCUGAAGCCUGUGUGGCCUUCUUCCUGCUCCUUCUCCUCGUCUGGUUCCUUAACCGUGAAUUCGAGGUCAGCUACCGUUUGCAUUACCAUGGCAACGUAGAAGCUGAUCAGCACCGCAUCAAGAUUCAGAACAUGAGGGACCAGGCCGACUGGCUGCUCCGCAACAUAAUUCCAAUCCAUGUAGCGGAACAACUUAAGGUUACCCAGAGUUAUUCCAAGAACCACGACAAUGUGGGAGUCAUAUUUGCCAGCAUUGUCAACUUCAGUGAGUUUUAUGAAGAAAGUUACGAGGGAGGCAAAGAGUGCUAUCGCGUCCUCAAUGAGUUAAUUGGUGACUUUGAUGAGCUCUUACGCAAGCCUGCCUUUGCAAAUAUUGAAAAGAUCAAAACCAUUGGUGCAACAUACAUGGCUGCAGCAGGACUCAACACUCAGCAGUGCGCGGAUGCAGCUCAUCCUCAAGAGCAUCUUCGAGCUCUUUUUGAAUUUGCCCUGGAAAUGAUGCGAGUGGUUGACGACUUCAACAAGAACAUGCUUGGUUUCGGCUUCAAGCUUCGCAUUGGCUUUAAUCACGGGCCCCUGACAGCGGGCGUAAUUGGAACCACCAAGCUUCUUUAUGACAUCUGGGGCGACACCGUGAACAUCGCCAGCCGCAUGGACACAACGGGUGUAGAGUGCCGUGUUCAGGUCAGCGAGGAAAGCUACUGCGUGCUCAGUGGCAUGGAUUACGAGUUUGAUUAUCGGGGAACGGUUAAUGUCAAAGGGAAAGGUCAAAUGAAGACAUUUCUUUAUCCUAAAAGCAGCGACAGUGGCCCCGUGCCUCAGUACCAGCUCUCGGUCUCACCGGAGAUCCGAGCUCAGGUGGAUGGUAGCAUCGGGCGGUCUCCCACUGACGAGAUUGCAAGCAUGGUGCCAACCACCAGCAAGAAUGGAAGCAGUACCAAAAUGAUGGUCCCCAGUGCCAGCAUUGGUUCCUCAAACACAACAGGGCUUAGUCAAAUGAAAGACUCAGACAUCAAUGGAAGAUGUUCCUCCAUGGUCGCUUCUUGUGCCAGACGAUCCAUGUCACACAGUGGCUUAACAUCAGUACCUGUAACCAGUCUUGAGGGACACUCGCCAAAUAACAAACAGCUCAUCGUCUCAUCCUCAAUCCAACAACAUGCACCACAACACUCCCCAAGAAAAGACACAAAAGACAAGCUAGAGGAUAACUCUGACUACAAUGGUGGCGAUUUAACCAGGCUUUAAGCAUUUGCUACAGAAGCACUCUUACUACCAACCUUCAUCCCUUUAAGCUCUCAUUACUGCUAGCUGGCAUGUGUAGAAGCUAUAUUUUCGUCCAACUUCAGGUAGAGGAGGUGGAUUUGGACAGACACAGAAAUCUGAGUUGUAUAAACAGACCAGAUUUUCCAUCAGCCAAGAACAAGGUUGUUUGUAGUGUAAAUGUGUUUGGCUGAUAUAAUCAAGGGUGCUUGGUGGACCACACAUAGGGUGUUGGGAAGAUAUUCAGAGAAAAUGGAAAUUUGCCUCCUAGCAACCCCAUUGUCUGUCAUUAACUUACUUGAUUAUCUUUGCACCUUUAAUCUUGAUUGUUUCUGUCAAAUGUCUUUUAAGUGCCUUUAGAAUAGAAUAAGACGUAAACAAGGCCUUUUUAACUAAAAAUUAAAAGGGAAAACUUUACACAUGAAAACUUUUUGGGAAUAAAGCUUCGCUUUUGCUAUUGGUUUACUUUUUUAAACAAUAUUUUCCAAUGACUUAUUUUGCCUUUUUAUCCAAGAGGAAAUCAGAAAUACGAGAAACCAAAAUAAAGGGAUAAUUUGAAUUAUGUGAAGUUGUCAGAAGAAGGGAGGAAAGCUACCAAGUAGACCCGACGAUGUACAACUCAAGCUGGAAAUGUUUCCAAAUGUGGGAUGCGACACUUUAUUAUUAGAUAUUACCAUUCAACAUUUUAAGAGCACAAAUUAAGCAUCUUCACUGCUGUCUGAUAAAAUCCAAAGCAGUCAUUGCUGACGCGUCACUAAUGUAACAAAAUAUUAGUGUAGUAACAGAUUAUUUCCAAUUUAGAAAACACCAUCAAAUUUGACAGCAAUCUCUUAUAAAACUUUAUAUGGUUAAUACCUCCUGUAACAGCCUUGUAUCCCAGGUAUUUAAAAAUUUUCUGUUGUUGUGGUUGAAAAUGUGUUAAAUUAUCAAAAGCAGGUGUCCAUUCCACAAGUUAUGUAACACACCAGAAGUUUAGUUACAUCUUGCAGGGCUUGGUGAAAAGGCAGACUGAUACAGCCUGCAUUAAUUAACAUAAUAACUUUAGCACAGUAAUAUAAAUGUUGUUGAGCUUACUAGUAUAAAUAGCCUGUUGCGAAAGUUUCAAUAGUUAAUUUUUCCAUUUGACUAGCUCUUAUGAGACAUGGGUAACAUAUAAUCUUCAACGCUAUUCAAUCCAAAUGUUUAUUCUGGUCUUGGUGGACUUGGAGCAAACUGACUAGUCAAAGCUGAUGAGGCAAAUUAAUUCAGAUGACAAAGCAAAUGACAGCAAAUAUAACUAAUGUAACUUCAGCAUAGUACACACGGACCUGUGUCAGCAUAGAAAAUGGCAACAAAUAUGAUCCUAUCUUGUUGUCAUAAGCAGAUAUUAACUGAAAGUGCAGGCAGUUAAUGUCUACUAAUCUAGCAUUGUAUCCCACAAAUGGAAACAUUUUCAUCUUGAGUUGUUUUAAGCUGCUGAAGUCAGCGAAAACGCUUGCCCCCAUAUUAGCUUUAACUGUUUCACCGCUAUGAGGACUUAUUCACUUUUUUAUAAACUCCUGACAGGAAAUGACAUCAGUGAGUAAGCUUUUAUGAAUGACCUUUCAUAAAAAAAUCCUAAGUAUCCCUUUAAGUGAAAGCUAUAAAGAAAUUGUUGCUAUUUCAACAUGGGAAAAUCUGCACAAUAAUUGCUGCCGUGCCUCAGUUUGUGUAAAACUAGAAAACUCAUGGCAUGGCCAGGACUAAUUGGUAAAGGACACAGUGGACGAGUCUGAACUGUGUGAGGAUGUCUGCACGCAUUUAACAUUGCGUAACCUUUGUUGGAUAAUAUAUUCAUUCAUAUAUGGUUAAGCUUAUGGUUAAGUUUGUGUAAAACUAGAAAACUCAUGGCAUGGCCAGGACUAAUUGGUAAAGGACACAGUGGACCAGUCUGAACUGUGUGAGGAUAUCUGCACGCAUUUAACAUUGCGUAACCUUUAUUGGAUAAUAUAUUCAUAUAUGGUUAAGCUCCCAUAGAGUUUCUGAGAUGACUGGAAUACAAACUCGUUUGCUGUUGUGGCACCUUUUUUUUCUGACUACAGUUACAUUUCCAAAACACUAGGAAAUGGUUUCGUCAGAUAUACUUUAUUGGCAUGCUUGCAGCAUUAUAGGCUUCUAGUAGUUGUUCCCCCAGCCCACAAUUUAGUUUAGCAGGAGCUCAAGAUGUGUUUGGUGUUUUAGAAGAAGCUAACAAAUCUAUAGAUGGUUUUAAGCCAUGAUUUCAGAAAGACUAAAGACAAAAGAAUAACUGCCUAAAGUUGAAUUGCAUUACACUGUGUUAAAGUAGUUCUUAGUUCUCUCAAAACGAGGAUAAUUGAUGUGGAAUGUCACAAAUGUGUUUGUGUUGUUACAUGAAACUUAAGCUGUUCAUUUAAGACGUCUAAUUCUCCAGGAUCUGAAAGACAUUACUGGAUGCGAACAGCUUGACACUUGCUGCUUAAAACCUUUAGUGGCAUGAAACUUAAUGUGUUAGCACUGUAAAUGCAAAAAGCGUGUCUCAGAUGUGAUUCAUAUACUUAGGUGUUUUUAAAGCUUUUUUUCAUGCUAUAAUGUUAAAUAACCACGCAGUGCAUUUUCUGUCAUUGUUCUUGCUAAAAAUGGAUUGUGUGCUCAAGAGCAAAAAGAUACAAUUUCACUCACUUGUCUUAAUUUGGAUUUGUUCAAAAAAUAAUGGAUAGCAAAUCCUCAAAUAUUAAACCUGCCACUUCAUAUUUUCAACUUGCAAUUUAGCUUUAUAAAUGGGAACCAGUUUGCCUUUCCUCAUCUUCUGUAAAUAAUUUGUAUGAAUAUAUAAUAUUUUCAUAGUUUAAGUUAUGUCUCUGAUGCUUGGGUUGCGCUUUAACUUUUUUUUUUUUCAGAUUUUCACUUUGAGAUGAUUUAAUUAAUUACGACAUAUUUAAAAACAAAGCAUAAAAUGUGAAUCUAUAGCUUAAAUCAUAUUUUAUUUGGAUAAUUUUCAAAAAUGCCUAGUCCCUUUUCUUGAUGCAUGUGUACAUUUUUCUUUUUCACUUUAGUUUGCUAUUGCAUGCCAUAUGGAUAUGGUGUAGUAUAUAUGUAAAAAUAAAAAAAAUGAAAAGCAAAUUUGUGUUUCUUUGCUCAUGAGCACACAACCCUGAUAGCUUAAUAUGUUUGACACUACAAAAAGGGGAAAAAUAAUACUGUACAGGUAGGUACUGGUAAAAGUAAAGGUGUUUUGGAAAAAGCAUGAAUUUGACAAGCCUUUGUUUUUGGGGGUCAUUUUGUUAUACUUUUUGAACUCUGGACUAUUUUGGGGUGCAGCAAUGAACUGUGUUUUCCCAGAUUUUGAUUUUGAACCCCUUUUGUUUUCCUGCCUGUACAUGAGCAUACAGUGUAGUAAUUUACCUGGAUUCAUUGAGAUGUUGGUGACAUUCUGAACCAGCAGAAUAGUGCACUAGAAAAAUGUUGAUGCCAAAGAGUGUCAUUGCCAUCUCAUGCAGUUUUGUUGUGUGCUGUCUCCAUUUUCUGGUUGUUUUUUUUCCCCCACAAACACACACACACUGUAAAAAUUAAAUUGCACAAGUCUUUCAUUUUUGAUCUACAUUAUGCCUUUCUACUGUAAAACAUUUUCUAUUAUUUGUAUAAGAGCAUGUAAUUGGGUAUUAAAUAGUUUAGAACUGGACAACUUAAACAAUGUUGGAAUAAUGCUUGUGUGUUUUGUUGGCUUGCAUGUGUAAAUCUGUAUGGGUGUUUAUAAAAGUGUGAGGUUCUUUAAUAUCUUGAAGGGGGAGGGUCUUACCAAUUGACCCAGUUUUUCUCAUAGUAUAUAGUAACAGAGGGAGUGGAGUAGCUUGCUAUUACUCCCACACAAUAAAUUGUUUUGCUUAUGUUUUGUAUAAGGCACGCUAAUAGGUGAAGUGAAAUUUAACUACAAAUAAAAGUCACUUGCUGAACAUUAAA